GUAAGUAAGUAAGCAAAUUAACACAAUUUGGCAAGCAAGUUUCUGAUGAGGAUUCCUUUGUUCAUCGCCAUACUUUUUGUUCUUAGCGUUCCAUUUCCAUCUUCAGCUCAUUUCUUCCCAAAUAUUUCUUCAAUUCCUCCUAAUUUAUUGAAACCAAAUGCCACUGCCUGGGAUGCUUUUAACAAGUUAUUAGGAUGCCAUUCCGGUCAGACGGUCGACGGCUUAGCUAAAAUUAAAAAAUAUUUUCACUAUUUUGGAUACAUUAAUAAUUCUUCCAGUAACUUCACAGAUGAUUUUGAUGAUACUCUUGAAUCCGCUCUCAAGACGUACCAGCUUAACUUCAACCUCAACACCACCGGUGUGCUCGACGCGCCGACGAUUCAGCAUCUCAUAAAACCAAGAUGUGGAAACGCCGAUGUAGUUAACGGUACUAGUACUAUGAACUCCGGUAAGCCGCCGGCAGGUUCUCCGACGAUGCACACCGUAGCUCACUACUCCUUCUUUCCGGGAAGACCACGGUGGCCGGCGAAUAAGAGAGAUCUGACAUAUGCUUUUGUACCACAGAACGGACUGACGGAUGAUAUUAAGAUUGUGUUCACACGCGCGUUUGAUAGGUGGUCGGAGGUUACUCCAUUGACGUUUACUGAAAUAGCAUCCUACCAAUCGGCUGAUAUUAAGAUCGGGUUUUUCAGCGGAGAUCACAACGAUGGAGAGCCGUUUGAUGGUCCGAUGGGUACAUUAGCACAUGCGUUUUCGCCGCCGGCGGGGCAUUUUCACUUGGACGGCGAGGAGAAUUGGGUGAUCGAUGGUGCGCCGAUUGUUGAUGGAAAUUUCUUUUCUAUAUUGUCGGCGGUGGACCUUGAAUCGGUUGCGGUUCAUGAAAUUGGGCAUUUAUUGGGUUUGGGUCAUUCAUCGGUAGAAGAUGCUAUUAUGUACCCGACUUUAGGAGCGGGUACCCGAAGAGUGGAGCUUAGAAAUGAUGAUAUAUUGGGAGUCCAGGAGUUAUACGGGUCUAACCCGAAUUAUACUGGGCCAAACCCAAAUUUGACUCCGAGCCGAGGGAGUGACACAAAUGGAGCCCCGAAAUUUGGUUUAUCAUGGGUUCAUGGGUUUCUUUUGGUCGUUGGAUUAUUCUUUGCGGCGUUUAUUGAAAUUUAGUUGGCGGCAUGAUGUGAUUAUUUUUGAAUAUUAUACUUGAUUUAUCUUUU